GAGACUGCAGGGCUGUUCCAAGCCAAAAUUCUUUUCAUCUCUUUUUUCCAUCAAAUGUCUCUGUUCAUCUUUCUAUUCUCCAGAACAAAGACCCCCAUUCCCUCAGGGCAAAGGAUCCUUUUCUCAAAUACUUCGACACCCCCCACCACGUAUUUCUCCACAAUUUAUAGGAAUUUUAAGGAUUUUUUAUAGGAAUUUUCACCCCAUGGCUUACAAAAAGGUUCUUUCCAGCCAAUCUUUUCACGGCAUCUCCUCAAUCUCUUCCCAUCUGGAAACUUGGCCAUCAGGGCCCUAAUUGUAAACAGGGGAGGCCUCAGUGGCAGCCCCAGCCCUGCCCGGCCAGGCCGCACGGGGAGCGGGACUGGGCCGGGCCGGGCCGACCUCACCUUCUCACAAACUGGAAGAAAAAGAGAGAGUUUCACUUUUACCAAUGGGAUUCAUGGAGAAGUUUAUACAUGGCCGGAUAAGUCAAGAACUUCCUCCUGAAGUUUAGAAAAAGGAGGGAGCUCUGAGUUGUACCCAGCCCAAAGUGACUCUCAGAACAGCCAAGGAAGGAAAGAAGAGAGUGGAACAAGAAUGGCAGAAAAUGUAGUUUAUGUUAACUGGAACUUGCCUGAACCAAGCAGACCCAGAAUCCUGACAGACCCUGAUGGCCAAGGUAAAAGCCGUUGUCCCAGAGCACUGAGUCCCAGAGUUGCUGCCCUGGCUGCUGUCCUGGCUGUGAUGAUGCUCCUGGUGCUCAUAGCACUGUAUCUGACCCUCAGGGCAGGCAGCCAACAGGACUCAACAACAUUGACCUCCACCAGCCAAAAUGUGUCAACAGCAUUGUCCCCCACCAGCCAAGAGGACUCAACAAUGUUACCCCCCAUCCCUGGAGAGGCACCAGGAAAAAGCUGUUGUUCCACAACACGAGUUGCUGUCCUGGUUACUGAGAUAAUCCUGGUCCUCCUCACUGCUCUGUUUCUGAUUAUCCCAUGUAACAGGCCUUGUUCCAGAGCACACAUUGCUGUGCUGGUUGUUGUCCUGCUUCUGGCUGUGCUGGCCCUGACUCUGGCUUGGACACUCCCAGGUGGUCCAAUUGCAAACAGCCAACAGGACUCAACACCAUUGUCCCCCACCAGCCAACAGGACUCAACAGAGUUACCCCCCAGCCAUGGAGAGACACCAGGCUGUCCAUCAGAAUGGAAAAAACAUGAGAGAAAAUGCUACUUCUUUUCUCCAGAGAGGAAAAAGAAGAGCUGGAAAUCCUCCCGUGCAGAAUGCACUGCCAUGGGCUCAGACCUGGUGAUCAUUGAGAGCAGGGAAGAGCUGACUUACCUUCUGUCACAAUCAGGAGGUUCAUACUACUUCCUUGGUCUCAGAUACUCUCCACAGGAGCAGAACUGGAAGUGGAUCAACAAUGUGGAACAUGACCCAGCCAUGUUCAGUGUAAAGGGAAAUUAUAGUGACUAUCACUGCACGACCAUUGGAUUUGGUGAAAUAGGAGCUGCACCUUGCAGUGGGACCAGAACAACACAAAACAUGUGUGAAAAAUCUGCAACAAUAUCAAGAAGGCAUCAGGAGAGCUAAAAGCAAGAGCUCCAGGCUGAGAUGUUAUCCCAGCUUCCUGUAGCAAACAUGGAUGGGAUGUGUCUCAUUUGUCUCUAGCUGCCCAGUCUCUGCUCCCAGGCUCUCCUGCAGCCCCUCCAGACUCAUGGCCCAGCUGAGCCCAGCCUUUCCCUGCUGCUGUCUGAGCCUGGCUGGAUCCCUCUGGAAGAGCUGCCUCUGGCACACAGGAGGAGUCUGGCACUGUCUCAUGCCAGGGGUGGCACUCUCAGGCAGGCAGUGCCAGGGGAGAGGAGUCCAGGCUGGGGCCAGGCUGAUCCCAAACAGAUGCUGACUCUGCAGCUCCCAUCCAUGCACAGCCCUGUGCUCCCAGCCCUGCCUGUGCCCAAGGAGACCCUUCCCCAGCUGGCCACAGCCUGGCCUUGCCUGCAGCCACAAGGGAAGGGCAGCACAGAUUUCUGCUUGGGAUCUGCUGGGGAAGGGCAACCCCAGUCCUUGGCAGGAUGGACAGGGCAAAGUCAGGUGUGGGUGUGGAUAAACCUUCCCCUGUCCCAGAGUGUUCCAUGAGCACAGGGGAUCCCAGAGCCUGUGGGGGAAAUGGGAAUCAGCCCAGGGCAAAGGAUCCUACAGCAGCACAGCUCUGGGCAUAAAUCAGCCCCAGUCCUGUGUGGGGAAGGGAAGGAGUGUCAGAUUUAGGAUGUGCUGGGAAAGGGCACAGGAUGGAGAGCAGCAGAGACCAGCAAGGGCUGAAGAACAGAGUCCCAAGAGAAGCUGAGCUGGGCAGAAAACAGAACAGUGAAAGCCCCAGUGAGCUGUGAAGGAGCUGGUGAGAAAUAUGAGAGUGACCCACAGGCAAUGGCAACACCGUGCUCUGCCCUCUUUUCCUUGGAGAUUUGGCACAGGACAGGGCAGAUCUCUUGAUGUGCUCUGGGUCCCCCAGAGAGCUCCAAUCCCCUGCCUGGGCUGACUGCUGAGCCCCUGCACAGCUCAUCUCCUUUCCAGUGCAUGGAAUAAAGCUUUUCUUU